ACAGGAUUUGGACCUUUUUGAGACCGCCUCCAAUCUCUGCGGAGCCUUCAGAGCGGCUGUUCUUGAAGGAAGCGAGAUCGGAUCCUCCAGAGUGGGUUUUUUUUUCCAUCUCCACAGACCGUUCCCGGACAGGAAGGAGAGGAAGAUGGAGAAAGUGGCACCUCUGGAGACGUCGAAGCUUUUCUCGGGCAGAGAACCAUUGAGAGGGGCCUUUCUCCUACUCCCAGGCCCAUCACCCACGCCCUCGCCAUCCCCUCAGACGGUCUCCUCCUUCUCGCCCUUUCUGGGAAUCCUGGCACUUUGCGCAUAUUCCUCCAGGGGGCUCCCUCCCUCUGCCAAGAGAAUGGAACACCGGGCGAUUACAUCACCUGCCGCUCUAGGACGUCGCACUCGCUGCCCUUAACCCUCUGAGCUCCGCAGGAGGCGGAGAGUCUGGCGGGGGGGGGGAUACAGACAUGCCCCGGGUGAGGUGGGGGCUUUUCCCGUGCAAAGGCAGGUGGAGGAGGGAGAGACCCACGCCCGGCCCUCCUUCAACCCUGGAUCCCAUGCUCCCCAGGCGGAGGGAGAGAGUAGCGGGGAAGCCUCUCUAACUGCCUUCUUCCUGCCCCUGCUCAGGGGGACCUCGGCCCUGAGCUGGAUGACCCGCUUGGGGUUCCGAGCAGAUGCACAAAGUGAAAGUGGAAGUCAUCCAACAUUAUCUCUUGGGCAAAGAGGGCUGAAUAACCUUCUUCGGUCAGACCUGCAGCUGCAGGAAGGGUCCUAUGAAUGAAAAGGCAUUUGGAGAUCCACAAGAUUCUUUGGACCUAUUUGGAGUUGCGUUACAAAAUAGAGAUAGAAUGGAGACGCAACCCUUAGCAAAUCAAGGGACUAGAAAAGGCCUUUCUUCUGCUGUUCAGCCUGGGAGUUGUUGGGAAAUGUGGGCAGGAGCUGGGCAGAAGAUCCUAGAGGAGGAAACCAUCCUCCGUUCAGAAGUUCAGUCCUGGAACUUCAUCCAAUACCAGGAGACUGAGGGUCCUCGGGGACUUUGCAGUCGUCUCCAUGAUUUUUGUAGGCGAUGGCUGAGACCGGAAAAGUACACCAAAGACCAGAUACUGGACCUAGUGGUUCUGGAGCAGUUCCUGACCCUUCUGCCCUUGCAGAUGGAGAGCUGGAUGCGGGAGUGUGGAGUAGAGACCAGCUCCCAGGCAGUGGCCCUGGCAGAAGGCUUCCUCCUGAGCCAGGCAGAGGAGCAGAAGGAGCAGGUCGAGUUGCAGUCCUUCAUUAUGGGGAUCAGAGAUCCUGAAGAAAGAAGGACUCUAUCAAAUCAUCCUCAGGAGCUUUUUUUCAGGAGGAUCCCUCAGGAAGAUCCAAGUCAGGACACCUCAGGAGGAAAACAAAGGAUGGCGUUUUCUGGCCUUUAUGGUGGAGCUGAAACAGAGGUUGAAUCUCCAAAUCAAGAACACCUUGUAUCCUUUGAGGAGGUGGCUGUGUAUUUCUCCGAAGAGGAGUGGUCUCAGCUGGAUGCUGCCCAAAAAGCACUGCAUUGGGAAGUCAUGCUGGAAAAUCAUAGGAACGUGGCCUCUUUGGGUAAUAACGGGCAGGAGAAUAAAGAUUCCUGUGAACUUUUUCAAGUGAUCAGUGCUGGAGACAGAACGUUUCCAAUUCAAAUGAAAAAAGAAAGACAUGAGAGAAACCAGUCAAAUGAUUGGAAUCAAGAAAGCACAUCUUCCAUUGAUGUCCCCAUACAAGCCUUUGUUGCCCAACAAGGAAAAAUAAAGAAAAGCUACAUUGGGAAAAGUGUGAAGCUAAUUCAAGAUAAAUUUGAUGUAAAUCAACAUUAUCCAACCCAAACCAAAGGAGAUCAUGUAUCCAGAGACCUUGGAAAAAACGACAAUUGGACUUUCACUUUUUCUUAUUUAAAUGGGUCCCUUACAUCUCAUAAAAACACCCACAAAGAAGAGAAACCAUACAAAUGCAUGGAGUGUGGAAAGGCAUUCGGUCAACACAGAAAUCUUACUAUCCAUAAAAGGAUCCACACAGGGAAGAAGCCAUAUAAAUGCAUGGAGUGUGGAAAGAGCUUCUGUGAAAACACAUCCUUUAUGAGACAUAAAAGAAUUCAUACAGGGGAAAAGCCAUACAAAUGUCUGGAAUGUGGAAAGGACUUUACCAAUAACAGUCAACUUACUUCCCAUAAAAGGAUUCACACAGGAGAGAAACCACAUACAUGCAAGGAGUGUGGAAAGAGCUUCAGACAUAUUGUUUCCCUUACUUACCAUAAUAGGAUCCAUACAGGAGAGAAACCAUAUAAAUGCGUGGAAUGUGGAAAGAGUUUUGCUAAUAGCAGUCAUCUUAGUUCUCAUAAAAGGGUCCACACAGGGAAGAAACAAUGUAAAUGUACGGAGUGUGGAAAUAGUUUCAGUGACAGCUGUUCCCUUACAUCUCAUAAAAGGAUCCAUACAGGAGAGAAGCCAUAUAAAUGCCUGGAGUGUGGGAAGACCUUUCCUCAUAGCAGUCAACUUAUUCCUCAUAAAAGGACCCACACAGGAGUGAAGCCAUAUAAAUGCAAGGAGUGUGAUAAGACCUUUACUCAUAGCAGUCAACUUAUUUCGCAUAAAAGGACCCACACGGGAGAGAGGCCGUAUAAGUGCAAAGAAUGUGGGAAGAGCUUCUGUGAAAAUGCAUCCCUUAUGAAACAUGAAAGGAUCCAUGCAGGAGAGAAGCCAUAUAAAUGCAUGGAGUGUGGAAAAUCUUUUACUCAAAGCAGUCAUCUUACUUCCCAUAAAAGGAUUCAUACAGGGGAGAAGCCAUACAAAUGCAGAGAGUGUGGAAAGAGCUACAGCCACAGUGUUUCCCUUACUUACCACAACAGGAUCCACGCAGGGGAGAAACCUUAUAAAUGUUUGGACUGUGGAAAGACUUUUACUCAGAGUAGUCAACUUACUUCCCAUAAACGAAUCCACACGGGGGAAAAGCCAUAUCAAUGCAUGGAAUGUGGAAAGGGCUUGUAUGACAAUGUAUCCCUUAUGAGACAUAAAAGGAUCCACACAGGGGAGAAGCCAUACAAAUGUGGAAAAUGUGGGAAGAGCUUCACCCAACAGGGUAACCUUAGUUCCCAUGAAAGGAUGCACAGAGGGGAGAAGCCGUAUAAAUGCAGAGAGUGUGGAAAAAGCUUCAGUCAUAGUGGUUCCCUUACUUAUCAUAACAGGAUCCAUACAGGAGAGAAACCAUAUAAGUGCUUGGUGUGUGGAAUGGGUUUUACUGUUAGCAGCCACCUUACUUCCCAUAAAAGGAUCCACACAGGGGAGAAACCAUAUAAUUGCAGACAAUGUGGAAAGAGCUUCAGUGAAAACGCAUCCCUUAUGAGACAUAAAAGGAUCCAUACAGGGGAGAAGCCGUACAAAUGUGUGGAGUGUGGAAAGAGCUUCAGUCAUAGUGGUUCCCUUACUUCCCAUAAAAGGAUCCACACAGGGGAGAAGCCUUAUAAAUGUACGGAAUGUGGAAAAAGUUUUACCACUAGUAGUGAUCUUACUUCCCACAAAAGGAUCCACACUGGAGAGAAGCCAUAUAAAUGUGUAGAAUGUGGAAAGAGUUUUACUAAUAGUAGUCAUCUUACUUCCCAUAAAAGGAUCCACACAGGGGAGAAGCCAUAUAAGUGCAUGGAGUGUGGAAAGACCUUUACUACUAGCAGUGAUCUUACUUCCCAUAAAAGGAUCCACACAGAAGAGAAACUAUAUAAAAGUGUGGCACAUAGAAGGAGCUUCAGGAGGAAUGCUCUAAUUUGUAAAAGACAGAUCCAUUUGGGUGAGAACUCAUGUAAAUUCUACAUUUAAUUGUCUAAAUGUAUGCAUUUCCUAUUUACAUAUAGAGGUAGUCCUCAUCUUAUGACCAUUCACUUAAAGACUGUUCAAAAUUAUUGUGCAGUCCCCAAAAGCUAUUUAUAACCCAGCCCAUGUAUUCCAGUGGUGGUACAUACCCCUACAAUCACAUGAUGUGAUUUAUGUUAUAUUUUGCAUCACGAUAAGCCAACUGCAACAUUCAUGGUAACAUGGGGGAGAUUACAUAUCCUGUGGUCACAUGAGGUAAUGAAAAACUAUGAUAGGAAUCCAUUGAUUUGCUUAACAAUUGUAAUGUAUGGGUCUUUGGUGCUCUCUGAACUUGGUUCAGUUGGUUAUAUGUCCCCGCCAGCUUGAAGCUGGAAGUAGCACUGCGCAGCUAUGACUCCAAGCUGGCUGGCCAUUUCGGAUUCUUAAAAACCCUGCAUUUGGCCAGGAGACAGUUUUGGUGGCCCAAAAUGAAGGCUGAUAUAGAGGACUAUGUGAAAAGCUGUGCCACCUGUGCAGCCAUGAAAAUGAGACCAAGGAAGCCUGGAUUCCUCCAACAAGUGGCAAUCCCCAGCAGACCUUGGGAAGAAAUCGCAAUGGAUUUUAUAGUUGAGCUUCCAGGAAGCGGGAGAAAUACAGUAAUCUGGACAGUAAUCAACCUGUUUUCAAAACAAGCCCACUUCACCACUUGUUCAGGAUUACCAUCCGCUAAAAAAACAGGCAAAGAUGUUCAUCAAACAGAUCUAUCUACUACACAGAAUACUGCGACAAGUCAUCUCGGAUCGAGAGGUCCAAUUCACUGCAAAUUUUUGGAGAGAGUUCCUGAAAUUGGUCGGGUCCACACAAGUACAUCUGAGUACAAACGGAGCGGCAGAACAAGCGAACGCAAUGGUGGAGCAAUAUAUCAGAUGCUUGUGGAUUAUCAGCAGGAAAACUGGGCGGACCUACUACCUUUUGCUGAGAUGGCUUAUAACAACACUGUGCAUAGCAGCAUCGGAUUGACCCCCUUCCAGGUCACCAGCAGCAUGGACUUUAUACCCAUGCCUGAAUUGCCCAUAGAACCUCCUUCCUCUAUGACCCUGAACGAGUGGAUGGAGUCGCUGAGGAAAGGCUGGACGAAUACCAAAAAGGCAAUAGCGGAGGCAGCCAAGGCACACAAAAAGCAAGCAGAUAAACACAGAUCUCUUCAACCCCUUUUCCGUGUGGGAGAUUGGGUUUAUCUGUCAACCAAAUACAUAAAGCUGAGGCUACCUAGCAAGAAACUAGGACCUAAAUUUUUAGGUCCAUUCUCAAUAGUGAAAAUAAUUAACCCAGUGACUGUUCAUCUUAACCUCCAACGCAGCCUAAGGAAAAUACAUCCAGUUUUCCACUGUAGCUUGCUAAAGCCAGCCAUAAGCUCUAGGUUAAGGCCACGGGUGAAAUGCUCCCGGUUUGGACCGACUCGGGCAGGUAGGUAGCGAUGAUGGCGGGCAGUUCGGAGAACCAGUAGCAAAAAUCCCUGCCCCCACCCCCCCGCCCAGCUGAGCCGCGCAAUCAUCAGAGCCUUUUUUUUCUUUUAAAUGGCUCUGACGAUCCAAGCACUGACGAUCUCAGCUGAGUUGCCUGCUAAUUGGUAAGAAAAAUCCCUCCCCCUCCCCCCCUCAGCUUGCUUAUCUUAGCUACUGGUCGCAACGCCUUGCUGUAGUCCCUGCAAUCCAUUGCAUCAGCAAGCAACUGAAUCUCCCUGCCUGCAAUCAAGCAGGCAGGGAGUUGUGGACUUCAACUGCCAGAAUUCCUCAGCCACCAAAGCAAAGCUGGCUGAGAAAUUCUGGGAGUUGAAGUCUACAAGUCUUAAAGUUGCCAAGGUUGGAGACCCCUGUUCUAUUGGGUAAGUUUUUUUCCCCUUUGGGAGCUUUAAAAAAAUACUUAAUUGGGUUUUUUUUUAGUUGUUCUUUUUUUAGACCUAGCCAUUUAAAGUUUAGGAAGUUUUAAAUUUAGCUGCUUUUAUAUAAAAAUAAAAAUAAAAUAAAAUAAAAUAAUAUUUGUGCAGCUUUCUGAGAUUUAGUAUGUUUCUGUAGUGUUUCACUCUAACUACACAAACACACAAAAUCUCACAAAGCUAUAUGUGGAAUUUUGUGCGUGUAAAGUGUGAAAGUUGGUUUUUUGGGCUUUUUGUGGCUGUUUGAGGUUCCUGCUUGUUGCAGGGGCCAUUUUGGGUCUAGCACAGCUGCUUUUAUAUUGUGGGUGAGCCAAUUGUGUUGUGUUGUGUUUUUUAGGUUAAAAAGGGGCAAAGAAGUGACAUUGACUAGGCCACGCCCACCUGACCAACAAGCCAUGCCCUCCCAGUCACCUUACCACUAAUUAAGCCACACCCACAGAACCGGUAGCAAAAAUUUUUAGAUUUCACCCCUGGUUAAGACCUCAAGUUCAGGCACACCCCUCCCCCCACCAAGCCUAUUGUAGUGCAAAGGGAAACCCAUUAUGAAGUAAAAAAAGAAGACUCUAGACUGUAUAGAGGUAGAUUACAAUAUUUAGUACAUUGGAAAGGUUACCUUUGUCUAAAGCUACCUGGAUUAAGAGCUGGAAUGUCAAAGCAGAUAGGCUAGUAAAGCAAUUCCAUGAUAAAAUCCCUGAUAAGCCAAAGGGCCCCCCUGGGGGUAGAGAGGUGGUUAGUAGACUGCAUUAUUAACCACUAUGCUACUCUCAUUUCAGGACACGCUUUUCUGACCAGGGGUGGUGGCCUGUCAGCCAUCUUUUGUGUUAGCCUUCAGACCUGCCACGUUUACUACUGUGGGAAAUUGGAAGGGGGGAUUGUAUGGAGCGUGGGUGAUAUAUAGUCAUAAUAUUCCUUUCUCGAGGUCAAGGACAUCUUGCCCUGCACUGGAAGGCUGAAAUUGGGAGGCAUCUCCAGUUGGAACGAUAUUUAAUUGGACCAUGUGAUGGACGUGUGAGUGUUGGGCAGGGGCUUGAACUUUUCUUUGGGUGGGGAAAACCUGGAAAUUUUCAGAUUUGGGUUUUCCCAGAUGUGCCAAUAUGACAUUUCUAAUAAAAUGUAACUUUGAGGAAA